AUGACGUCAACCACACCCAGUGUCUUAGUGCCAGCACCUAACCUCGGCACAGCCGAGCCCCCAUUGGCCAUCAUUUACAACCUUCGCUCCGGCAACAUUAGUGUCAAUCCGCUGCCGGCAAACUCGGAUUUGGCUCCUCAAAACCUCUCUGAGUACCGUCUGACCGUCCCGGUGACAACGGUUCGUCGAAAAUCGGUAACGCUGUCGGAAGACGAUAUGUGGCGUGGGUGGUCUACAAAAACUGGACAAAAUCAUCGAGGUGAGGAGAGAGAAUCAACAGCUACUGCAUCGUGGAGGGGAGGGGGAGGAGGGGGAAGGACUAUUCAACGCCAGGGCUUUGGUACUGAGGCGUGGCGGAUCCAGAAUCCAACUCUAGUGGAACAAGUACUGGAAAUGGAGGAAAAACUUCAGUCUACUUCGCCCCACUCUCAGCCAAGCUUGACAGCUGCAACUACAAUGCCCUACUCCCCACCAAGGAUUGUGAAACCGAAGAAAGCCUCACAGAGUGCCAAGAAGAGGGCUUUUGCACCAAAGGCCUUUACCUUGGGUGGUAGACGUAUUGAACCGGUGCAUUCAGAUGAGGAAUGGUUCCUAGAACGACUGCUGCGGAUCUUCGCUCUCAUUGCCUUCGUGUUAACUCUUCCUUUCUCCCUCCUAUUCUGUUUCAAAGUUGUGGCCCACUACGAGCGUGCCGUAGUAUUCCGACUGGGUCGGCUAUUUGCCUCCGAAGCCCAAGGCCCAGGACUCAUCUUCCUCCUCCCCUGUCUGGACAACUGCCGUGUGGUUGACCUCCGUACCUUCACCUUCAACGUGCCCACGCAGGAGGUGCUGACCAAAGACUCUCUUACAGUAGCUGUGAACGCUGUGGUCUACUACCGAAUCCGUAAUCCGGUCUGUGCCGUGGUGAAUGUAGAAGAUGCUAAUAGGUCCACGCGGCUGCUUGGCCAGACCACACUCCGAAAUGUACUUGGAACUGUCAAUUUGGAUGAACUACUAACCGCGAGGGAGGAUAUUGCCAUUCUAAUGCAAGAGUGCCUUGACUCCGUCACAGAGGCAUGGGGCGUAAAAGUAGAGAGAGUGGAGAUCAAGGACGUCCGCUUGCCCAUCCAACUUCAGCGCGCAAUGGCUGCCGAAGCGGAGGCGGCUCGCGAGGCCACAGCGAAGGUCAUCGCCGCAGAAGGCGAGAUGCGUGCCUCCUCGGCGCUCAAGUUUGCCGCGUUAGAGAUCAGCCAACAUCCCAUAGCAAUGCAAUUGCGCUAUCUGCAGACCCUCAAUACUAUCAGUCUGGGCAAGAAGUCCACCAUUGUCUUCCCCAUCCCCAUAGAUAUGCUCAAGUUUUUUAUGGGGGACGGAGUAAAUAUACCUGAGCACCUACUGGAAGCUCUCAUUCCAACAGUACAGGCCUCACAGCCUCGUGAUGAUGACUUGUCCAGUGUCUCCAAUGAACAUGUUUAA